AUGGCACAAUACCAAGCAAGGCUUGACAUUGAGGAUGCUGAAAUGAUCAACGCCAAAGCUGAACUUGUAAACUCGCUUAUGCAAUAUGAGCACCAUGCCGAAUCUAGCCAUCGUGGUUCUGUCACGAGACACUUAGUUGACAAGUAUUGCCGACUUGCUGAAAGUACUGCUAUUGAGAACCUGAAGCGUUUUUGUCAGGCAAUUCAAGCCGUAUAUGGAGCCACAUACCUUCGCAAGCCAAAUCGUGAAGACUUGAAGAGGCUUCUACAUAAGGCAGACAAAAGAGGCUUUCCUAGUACGAUAGGAAGUCUCGAUUGUAUGCAUUGGGAGUGGAAGAAUUGUCCUACUGCUUGGGUUGGCCAAUUCAAGGGCCGUCAUAACCAAGUCAUUGGUCAUAACAAGCCAAACAUCAUGUUUGAGGCUGUGACGUCUUACGACACAUGGGCAUUCUUCAGAUCUCCUGGAUCAAACAACGAUAUCAACGUUCUUUGGUGUUCACCUCUAUUCGAUGAUGUUAUCAAUGGAUGGGCACUAGAAUUUCGGUACAAGGUAAAUGGUAAUAGGUAUGAGCUAUGUUACUACCUAACUGAUGGUAUUUAUCCUAGUUGGUAUACCUUUGUCAAAAGUUUUUCUCAUCCUGAUAAUGCAAAGAAGAAAUUAUUUUCUCAGAGGCAAGAGUCUUACAGGAAGAAUGUGGAAAGAGCGUUCGGGAUCCUACAAGCUUGA